CUUCGCAUAGCUGCUUUGCGCGCAAGCUCCUGCCAGACAUGGGGGACUCAGAUACCGUUGCAAGCCUUCGUGGCUUGAAUCAGGACUUACAAAGUCUCUCUGCGACUUUCGUUGUUAACAUCGAGCGUCUCCGUGUUGAGCUGGAGACACACAUCGAGGACUUCAAGAAGCUCCUCGACAAACCCACGAAGAACAACACAAGCCGACAAGCCGUCCUCUCCGGGAAGGUAACCAUCGGCCAUGUCGAGUAUUCCAUCAACAAGGAUUUUCAGCAAGGCGUACUACAGCUCGCGGAUACUUUGGAUAUCGAUGAACUUGAAGCGGCUUUCUUGUUCUUCGAUGCACAGACUGAGGCUCAAUCGCUGGAUAGGCCCCUUCUCAACGUUGCGAUCAUGCGCUUUCACCAGCGCCGGCUGUUCCUGCUCGAUUCUUUGCGCCUCAUCCUCCAGGAAUCGUUCGAGGUUGAAAGGGAAACUACUCAAAUCAUAACGCAAGAAAUGAUGGCUCAUGUGGUUGAGAUCAAGGGUGGUCCUCUGCGCAAUGCGUCUCUAUAUACACGGAAAUGCAUGACGGCUAUGGUAGAGGUGGAGAAGUGGCUUGCACUUCUCGGUGAUCAGGCUCAGAAGGCGACGCUUGUUGGUCAAAUUGAAGAUGAGGAUACCAUGGAAUCCCUGGAAAUCCAGCGCAGCAGCCUACUGCAGCAACAUGAAACGCUUGGUGCCAUUCUGAGCUAUCUUUUCAAAGGUCCCUAUACCAGCCCCGAAGACCUUCGAGUGCUCGUGAAGCACCUCCGGUCUCUCGAUCGUUUUGACAGUCUGGUUGUCCACUACGUUCCAUGCAUAGUAUCUGCCUUCGUCCAACACGGUUCACCGGAGCGUUCGAGCUCCUAUAAAGAGGCAAGAAGUUUGCAUAAGGAGAUCGUCACCACAACGGUUGCCCAAGAAUGGAAGAUUCCUACUUUUCAUUCUGCAAUCAUCGCGCUCUGGCUCGCGAUCUUCAGCGGCUGGGACUUUGAUGCUCCUUCCUCGCCUCUUCAAGGAGUGGACCCAGAAAAAGAUGUAGACGAGCGUACAGCUUUGUUCAUGACAGCGUUAGAUGACGGUGGGGUCGAUUUCCUGCUUACUAUCUGCUACGGUAUCAAUAAUGAAGAAUGGGCAGACCCGGCCCGCAGAGAACUGGUAACGUUAUUGUUGAAAGAGGUCGCUUCAGCAAUGCUCGAGCUAAAUCAAUGCUCGGGGUUCCUGAAGACUCUUCUGAUGGAGAGCUUCGAAGUGUUCUCUGAGUCGUGCAUCGCAAAUAUGCCAGACGCGGUACGGAGGUUGAAAACCGAAGAAGACUCCCAGCGACUCGAUCACCUUACAGCUCUGCGAGAUGGCUUGACCUCCUCGCCUCAUCGUGGCGUAGUUGAGGCCCGAACGCACCUCGAGUCUUUCUUGAUGAUCAUGGCUUUCGCGUUCGAACAAAGGCCCGAUGCUGCACAGGAAUUCUGGGCCGAUCCUGAUGGAAACCUGUAUGGCUUCCUGCAGUGGGCGUCUAAGCGACAGACCGUCCCUAGGGUCAGCGCAUUUUGCGAACUGUUGUGUUCCAUUUCUGGUGGCGAAGAGAAUGCCACUGCAGCCCACAGAUUUCUCUCCGAGGAAGACAAAUUUCUUUCAGCUAAAUUCAAACGGUCCACGUCUAUGAAUUGGUCGCAGAUGUUCGCAGAGCUAGAACUAUAUGCCACAAAAGUCACGGAGAAGCCACCUGCAUCACAGGCGAUCCUACGCUCGAGAAAGCUCGAUCCCGCUGACAUGAAUGAGCCCGAGAGUCCUGUAAUGCUUACAUGUUAUCUCAGGCUCCUGGAACAUCUCUGCAAACAGAGCGCCACGAUUAGGGAUUGGCUGCUCCAUCAUCCAACAUUCAACAUUGUCGGCACACUGUUGACACUUUGCACUGGAACAGUUCCUACUCAUCUGAGGGCCAGUGUAUUCACAGCUCUUGCGGCCCUCAUGACAGAAAGGACGGCACACAAUGGUAAUGAGAUGUGGCUAUCUCUCGACCAUUGGAUUUCCGGGGAAUCCAUGAUUACUGCUAAUAUUGCAAAGCCUCCCAUGACCACCAACAAGCCUGCGUGGUUUGAGCAUCAAAUAUUUCAUAAUAUCGGUGAGCGUUUCGAUCAGGCCAGCGCCUUCGUCACCCUGGUUUCCUCGCUUGUUACGCCCACUCCUGAAUCGGCCCAAUUCCAUCUUUCGUUACCUUUCCCAGAGAAUCUCGGCUCUUCCUACCGUACAGCUGGUAUUGAACCGUACAUUGACUUCGUCAUGGGCCACGCUUUGACAAGGAAAGUUCCUGAUAUGAACGAGCGCCAGACUCGAUUGAUGACCCUGAAAUGCUUGGAAUUUGUGACAACCUGUCUCGGUUCAUUCAAUGAAAGUCUUGUGACCGUCUUGAGUCAACCGUCCCUGUCACCAGAUUCUGCUUUCAAGUCGUCAACAAUGGUGACCUAUAUCCGCCUUCACCCCUUUGCACGAGUUGCCGAAUGGUUGUUCAAUGAGGAUGUCAUCAGAGCUAUAUUUGCUACAGCGCAACAAGAUGUGAACGAGGUCGCUAAAGCUUCGGCCGAUUCUACACUUGUUCUUUCCGUGCAAAGGAGCUUGGAGGUUAUGCUCGCGAUUUUUGACCUUCAAUCGACCUACUUCAACAUUGUCAGACCCAUGAUUAGAUCUCAAGCGGAUGCAAACAGGUCAACCGUGGCGAACUCUUCCCUUGCGGCCUUUGAAGACAGCGUGCUCAACUACUUGGCUAUUGUGCCUGCACUGUGUCUCUACUGCAGUACUGGACAUCAGCAACUCACAGUCACAUCAAUGAUGCUAUUGGAAAGGCUAUCUAGCUCCCCGAAAUUGAAUAAAGUCACAUCCCCUGAGUUGUCCAAAUGGCGUUCGUCGAACAAGAUCGUCGAGGUCCUUAGCUCCGAGGUAGACUUGGACAAUUUGGCACGGCCCCUUGCGCAUCAAAUGGAGACCGAUGCUCGAGAGCUGGAGGCUGGCGAGAUGUCUCCGGCUUAUAUCAUCAGACAAAGCCUUCUGGAGCUUCUCACCACGUGCCUUGGCUCGAUAAGCGAGAGGCCAACAAUAGCCCACCUUCUUCUAGGGUUCAGCAGCAUAGGAAAUCUCCUUGACGUCUCGCCGGACGGCAUGUUUGCCAAUAAGGCGGCCUUGCUGCAUGCCAUCAUCCAGUUCGUACAGGACUAUCCCGGCGCCAUUGAUGAUAAUAUUCUUCCGUGGUUGAUGCGCAUGAAGCGCCUGGCUUUUGAAGUCUUGAAGAAUCUUUGGUCUUCCAAAAUCUCAUCGUUCUUUACGCUCUCCGAAAUGCGUGGCGCCCGAUUCCUCACCAAUAUUCUCGUAAAUCAGCCCGUGAUUGGACCACACACCUCAUGGGAUGGGUUGCCAAUUAUUGCGGAUGAAUUCUGGAUAUCUGAGUCGACCACAGCUUACGCAGAAUUCUUGCUCCUCAGGAGCUACCUGUUCGACUAUGCCGCAAUAGAGAUUCGCUCAGCCGCCAAGAUUGGUGCGCCGGCUCAUCAAGCUGAGCUUAUUUCCACCCUCUUUGGCACCUCAUUAUCUCAAACUGGAGAGACGAUCGUCAACCCUACAGUUUUCGAUCUUUUCGAUUUUGCCGAUCUUGACAUUGCCAACCCCUUGCCCUUUCCAGACCUAUAUGCCCUUGAGGGCAUUGAUUUCAAUGUGUGUGCUAGACCAGAGGCGGACGCUCCUUUUGUUCUUUACAAAACGGACGAAGUAAUGGAAUUGAUCCAGGUCAGAAAAGAGGAGUUGUUCGCUACAGGACAACUACGACCCCAGGAUGAGGAACAGUUCAUUGCUGAAGCAGAUAGUCUGAUGCUUUUCAUCAAGACAACAAAUCAAUCCAGGCAGAUCAGACACAACCGCUUCUUGGCCCUUCGAUCCUGGACCGAGCUCAUUACAACUAUGCUUUCCUCAUCGGAAAUCGAAGGCGGAAGACGAACUACCUUCAUUCUACAUUCACUCCAACUCAUCCUACCCAAACUCGAAGCUGCUAUUCAAGGCAAUAUGCCCGAGGCUCUGGAACUUGCAAGAUUGGCCGAGACAUUAAUUAGCAAGUUGGAAUCAACAAAGCCAGAAUCUCCCCAGCCAACGGUGAACACUGUUCGCAGAGGCGGUGAUGUUCUUGACGAAAAGCUUCACCAGAUGUUUCAGGUCUGUGUGCGAGGCGUGGUUGUGACUACGGGAAAUGUCAGCCUCAGGGAGAGUCUCUACAACAUAUGCUCGCAUUACGUUGCUCGCAUCGUUUCAACACAAACUGCCCAUGAGCUCAUAAAGCAGCAAAGUCAGCACGUCGUUAAGGCAUCCGGUCAUGCCCUAGUCGAAGCUAUCUGUGAUGAUGCAUAUGCUGGUCAGGAGACCUGUCGUGUCUCAGCUGUUCUAUGCCUCAAUCUCUUGGCUGUGUUAGAUAGGCAGACGAGUUCAAUGUUGGCUGAGAUGAUAGCGCAGACUAACUACUUAAGCCUCUUCCUUGACGUCAUCCGGGUCUUACCUGUGGAAUUGAGAAACGCUCAAGCAAGCGACACACCUCUUCUGUUGUCUUACUACCAAUCUCUGCUGUCUCUGCUCCAGGAGCUAUGCCAAACGAAGAUUGGCGCUACGCACGUUCUCAAGACUGGGCUCUUCCAGGCUGUGCGUGAGUCGCAACUGUUCGCCGCCGAUCCUGACCUAGGAAUCGAUAUUGACAAUUCCGAUGCCCUGCGAAAAUACUAUGACCUCCUUGAUUCCUGUCUUCGGGUCAUUGUCUCUGCGGUAUUUUCUCGCGGACUUCACAACGAGCAGACAAUGGAACAAACGCGGGUAUUUCUUACAGAAAAUCGACAAGGCAUGGUGGGCAUAUUCAAGCGAUAUGCUCGGAUUAGUGGCACUGGUGUCGCGGAUCAUCAAGGCACGUUAGGCAGCCUUGUCAGGUCAUACAUGGCGCUCAUUACAGCUACGGACUUUCUUGAUAACUCAAGAGGCGCCCCUGAGCAGAGGAGCGGCAAACGCAAGUCGAUCGGUAAGAGGAAGCUAUCCGAUCAAGAAGACGCCUCGCGCCAGCCUCAACAGCAAGCGACCAUCUCCGAGCUUCUCUCACGCAACCACCCCACCCACGGCGGCAACAGAAGCCAUCCGCAGCGACACGACCAAUCCCCCACGAGCAAACGCCUACGUCUGUCGCCCACCCUCGCAGGCCCCUCCUACCCUCCAGGCAGCCCUCGCCAACAGACUUCCCCCGAAAGGAUGUAUAACUUCACGAAUGCGGAGUCUCGGCUGGGCGAGGCAAUGGGCCAAAAUACGGGCGGGGCCGGAGUCUCCAAUCCUGCGGUCAAGCCUCGACCCUUCAACGCGGCGUCACGCCAGGGCAACUUCACCCCUCAUACCGGAGCGAAACGGCUGGUAGUCAAGAAUCUCAGGACGGGGUCACGGUUGAAUCAGGAUUCGUAUUUCGAGAAAGUCUGGGGCCAGCUUGAUGCAGCCUUAUCGGCAAUCUUCGAUGGCGGGAAGCCGGAGAAGUCGUUGGAGGAACUCUAUAAAGGUGCUGAACAUGUUUGUCGCCAAGGCAGAGCCGCAGCUUUGGCCAAGCGGCUUUCAGAUCGCUGUCGAGAUUAUGUCACCGGGAAAUUGCGUGAGAGGUUGACGGCGCAGGCGGCUGGUGGAACCAACAUUGAAACACUACGGGCGGUCGUUGAGGCAUGGUCGCUAUGGCAGUCCAAACUGGUUACCGUCCGCUCCAUCUUCUAUUAUCUCGACCAGUCCUUCCUCCUACACUCCAAGGAGUUCCCCGUCAUUCGCGAGAUGGGCUUGAUUCAAUUCCGGCAGCACAUAUUCUCUGACCCAGUACUAGAACCGAAGAUUCUGCAGGGCGCUUGCGACCUCGUGGAGGCGGAUCGUGAUGAUGAAAAGAGCAUGGUAGCAGAUUCUACAUUACUCCGGCACGCCAUCGAUCUCUUCCAUGGUCUUGAUAUCUAUACGUCUGCGUUCGAGCCUGUUUUUGUCGCCGAGUCGGAUAAGUUCUUUUCUUCUUGGGCUCAACGGGAAGCAACGGGCUAUCUGGCGACAUUUGCGGAGAGCAGCCACAAGUUGAUCGAGCGCGAGGUCAACCGAUGCGAACUGUUUUCUCUGAAUCGAAGCACGAAACAAAAGCUUUCCGAGAUACUCGAUCGAACUUUGGUGGCUGAGCAAGAAGGUGCUCUGCUGAACCAGACGGAUAUUCUGGGCCUCCUCCGUGCAGGUAACAAAGUCGCCUUGGAACGAUUAUACUCUCUCCUCGAGCGGAAAGACCUGGGGGCCAAGUUGAAGGCCUCAUUCAGCACUUACAUCAUCGAAGAAGGAUCUGCAAUUGUUUUCGACGAGGAGAAAGAAGCAGAUAUGGUGGCACGCUUGCUGGAUUUCAAAAAACAGCUUGAUGACCUGUGGAUUAUCUCGUUCCAUCGCAACGAAGAUUUAGGCCAUGUACUCCGAGAAGCUUUCGAGGCUUUCAUGAACAUGGGGAGGAAAUCGGCGGCUACGGGAGGAACCGACAACCCCAAGACUGGAGAGAUGAUUGCCAAGUACGUGGACAGACUUCUCAAAGGCGGCUGGAAGCUGGCACCUACACGGAAAGCGGAGGAUAUGCCAUUGGCAGACGAGGAUGCCGAGAUCAAUCGACAAUUAGAUCAAGUCUUGGAUCUGUUUCGGUUCGUCCACGGCAAGGCAGUGUUCGAGGCAUUUUACAAGAACGACCUUGCUCGUCGGCUAUUGAUGGGCAGAAGUGCCAGUGAUGAUGCAGAGAAGAGCAUGCUUUCGAGGCUCAAGACUGAAUGCGGAUCAAGUUUCACACACAAUCUGGAAUCCAUGUUCAAGGACAUGGAUGUCGCCCGUGAUGAAAUGGCCGCUUAUAGCUCUAUCCAACGCGAACGCCGGCACCGGUUACCAGUUGACCUGAGUGUCAGCGUGCUGUCAGCGGCUGCGUGGCCGACAUACCCUGAUGUUAAAGUGCGGAUACCAGCGGAAAUUGCAACUUGCGUGGACGACUUUGAGAAGUUCUAUCAUACGAAAUAUAACGGGCGAAAACUCACAUGGAAGCACCAGCUGGCACAUUGCCAGCUACGCGCAAGGUUCCCCAAAGGUGACAAAGAAUUAGUGGUCAGCUCUUUCCAAGCGAUUGUACUACUACUAUUCAACGAUCUGCCUGAGGGCGGAUCCCUGACCUACGCUCAAAUCCAGGAAGCGACCAUGCUGUCCGACCAAGAACUUGAGCGAACGCUCCAAUCGCUCGCGUGCGCCAAGUACCGGGUGUUGGCGAAGAAGCCCAAGGGCCGGGAUGUCAGCAAGACCGACGAAUUCGCAUACAACCCCGGGUUCUCCGACCCAAAGAUGCGGAUCAAGAUCAACCAGAUCCAGUUGAAGGAGACGAAGGAAGAGAACAAGACGACCCAUGAGCGCGUCGCCGCGGACCGCCACUACGAGACACAGGCAGCCAUCGUACGAAUAAUGAAGAGCCGCAAGACGAUCACCCAUCCGGAAUUGGUGGCCGAGGUCAUCAAGGCUACACGAAGUCGGGGAGUGCUCGAGCCGGCGGAAAUCAAGAAGAAUAUUGAGAAGCUCAUUGAGAAGGAUUACAUGGAACGCGAGGAAGGGAAUCGGUACCAAUAUGUGGCCUAGAGCGUGGUUAUUUCUCCUAUCUAGUUGCUUGGUGUACCGGUGUAUGAUCUCAGUUUAGCAUAUACCAGAGUAUUUGACAAUUUGAGUGCGUUGAUCAUGGCAUGAUCAUGAACUGG